AUGUGGUUACUACGGCAACCCAGCCUGGCAGGGUUUCUGCUCCAAGUGCUGGAGGGAAGAGUACCACAAGGCCAGACAGAAGCAGAUUCAGGAGGACUGGGAGCUGGCGGAGCGGGUCUUGCUCUAUCACCCUGGCUGGAGUGCAGUGGUGUAGUCUUGACUCACUGCAACCUCAGCUUCCUGGGCUCAAGUGAUCCUCCUGCUUCAGCCUCCCAAGUAGCUAGGACUACAGAAGUAUGCCACCACACCCAACUCCAGCGGGAGGAAGAAGAGGCCUUUGCCAGCAGUCAGAGCAGCCAAGGGGCCCAAUCCCUCACAUUCUCCAAGUUUGAAGAAAAGAAAACCAACGAGAAGACCCGCAAGGUUACCACAGUGAAGAAAUUCUUCAGUGCGUCUUCCAGGGUCGGAUCAAAGAAGGAAAUUCAGGAAGCAAAAGCUCCCAGUCCUUCCAUAAACCGGCAAACCAGCAUUGAAACGGAUAGAGUGUCUAAGGAGUUCAUAGAAUUUCUCAAGACCUUCCACAAGACAGGCCAAGAAAUCUAUAAACAGACCAAGCUGUUUUUGGAAGGAAUGCAUUACAAAAGGGAUCUGAGCAUUGAAGAACAGUCAGAGUGUGCUCAGGAUUUCUACCACAAUGUGGCCGAAAGGAUGCAGACUCGCGGGAAAGUGCCUCCAGAAAGAGUCGAGAAGAUAAUGGAUCAGAUUGAAAAGUACAUCAUGACUCGUCUCUAUAAACACGUGUUCUGUCCAGAAACUACUGAUGAUGAGAAGAAAGAUCUUGCCAUUCAAAAGAGGAUCAGAGCCCUGCGCUGGGUUACGCCUCAGAUGCUGUGUGUCCCUGUUAAUGAAGACAUCCCAGAAGUGUCUGAUAUGGUGGUGAAGGCGAUCACAGAUAUCAUUGAAAUGGAUUCCAAGCGUGUGCCUCGAGACAAGUUGGCCUGCAUCACCAAGUGCAGCAAGCACAUCUUCAAUGCCAUCAAGAUCACCAAGAACGAGCCGGCGUCAGCGGAUGACUUCCUCCCCACCCUCAUCUACAUCGUUUUGAAGGGCAACCCCCCACGCCUUCAGUCUAAUAUCCAGUAUAUCACACGCUUCUGCAAUCCAAGCCGACUGAUGACUGGAGAGGAUGGCUAUUAUUUCACCAAUCUGUGCUGUGCCGUGGCUUUCAUUGAGAAGUUAGAUGCCCAGUCUUUGAAUUUAAGUCAGGAGGAUUUUGAUCGCUACAUGUCUGGCCAGACCUCUCCCAGGAAGCAAGAAGCUGAGAGUUGGUCUCCUGAUGCUUGCUUAGGCGUCAAGCAAAUGUAUAAGAACUUGGAUCUCCUGUCUCAGUUGAAUGAACGACAAGAAAGGAUCAUGAAUGAAGCCAAGAAACUGGAAAAAGACCUCAUAGAUUGGACAGAUGGAAUUACAAGAGAAGUUCAAGACAUUGUUGAGAAAUACCCGCUGGAAAUUAAGCCUCCGAAUCAACCGUUAGCAGCUAUUGACUCUGAAAACAUUGAAAAUGAUAAACUUCCUCCACCACUGCAACCUCAGGUUUAUGCAGGAUGAUCACAGUUUACAUGGAGAGUAUUUAUUUGAGCCUAAAUUGUAGGUAGCCCUUACUACACUCAACUGAUUGGGAUCUAGAAUGUAACUAAAUUGCUUAUAAAUGUCAGAGCAUUUUUAAAGGUACAGUAUAUGGGAAUUGUUUUGUUCUGUUUUUCCUAGCAGGGGAAGCUUAGUUAAUAAUAAAAUACUAUUUAUUUGACUUACUGAUACAGAUUCAUUUAAGGCUUGUGUGCAAAUUUUGUCUCAAAUCUUUUUUCCCUCCAUGAUUUUCCUAUGUGCUUCCUCUGGGAUUCACUGUGGUUUGGUAAAUAAUUGCCUUUUAAAGGAUAAAACAAAUGAAUGCUACAAAGUGUAUGUCCACAGUUCGAAAUAAUUUUAUAAUUGUAAAGAUAGAAAUUAUAUUGAUAAGUAAAUAUGUAAAAUUGUAAAUAUGUAAAAAAAAAAGAAUGGUGUCUGCUGUGCAUGGCAUUUUAUAUGUUAAUUUUUUAGUUUAAAAUGAAGUAUAUUGAAUGUUUGCCUUUAGCACCAUUUUAUUUGGUUUGUCCUACUGAAAUGACUCGAGAAGUGUUUAGACAAAUUCCCCUUAAGAUGUGCACUCCAUCUUUAAGAACGUGUUAGCCCUAACUUUGAGGUUCUAUAUAGUCAGAGACUAUGACACCACUAAGGUUCAGAAUAAAUUUUAGGCCACAUAAAAUUGCUGUUUAAUGUAGUCAAUGGAAGACUUUAAACCAUGCUUCUAGCUUAUUUUUCCCUCAUUCAUUCAGCAAAUCUCUGUUGGGUUCUUCAGUGAGAAGGAGCAGGCACUGGGCCUGGAAUGGAAGGCAGGAAUGAACUGGCCUCCCAUGGUGAGAGUUGAUGGGGUCCCUCAGGUGUGAGAUGCAGGGGGCGCCUUGCAGCCUCCAUAAUGUACGUUUGACUCUCCAACAGUCCAGACACAUUUUCUGAACCUCUUUCAGCACAUUUCAGCCUCGGGACUGUUCACAUUGGUGGCCUGAGAGGUGUUUGCCGUGGGGCCACCCCGUGCCUGGUAGAAUGUUCAGCAACAUUCCUGCCAUCCAUACCCACUAGACGCCAGUAGCACCCCCCAGAGCUGUGAACAGUUCUCUCCAGACAUAGUCAGAUGCCUCCUGGGGCCAUAUCACCCUCCAUUAAGAACCACUGAUCUCUUUUACAAACCAGGAGUUAUCCUCCUGGUGGUUAAUAUGGUGUAACCAAAGAAUCUUGCACUCAAUGCACAGUAUGAUGUUAACUAAAUGAGUAAAAUAUUUAGGAGGCUCAACAGCUACCUGCAUUGUAGAACCUUUUCUUAUCUCAGAGGAACCUUCCAUAACCUAAAUAUACCAUUGAUGAUUCUUCUUCCA